AGAACAUAGCGCGUGUUUACUUUGGACACGAGUGCAAAUCUUUACCAAGCGGGGGUCGUUUAAGGAUGGUCUAUUUAUUACGUUACAGAACUUAUUUUAAAUCACGCAUGACAUUAGGAUUGGAGUUUACUGUGAUCGAACUCGACGAUGUUUUUAUAUGUGCUCGUAAUAUGUGCCUCAAUUUGAACUAAAAGGUGUCUCUUAUUGAACGUGCAAGAGAAAAAUUACAUCACUGUGCAAUGUGCAGCGGGUGGCGCUCUUCUUGCCAACGAGGAAGUGACGCUACAAGGCGUAAAGUUUUUUCCCCCUUUUCUUCUUGAAAGCAACGAGAAAAAGAUCUGGAUCGCUGGAGCUACGCCGCUGAUGGGUUUCGAGGUUGUCUCCAAUGAAUGAGCAUUUAAAUGAACCUAAAGACUUCUCAACCCAGCUUGACAUCCUUGGAAGCAGAAGAGUUGGCAGUGAAGACAAAAUCAAAUGGACAUGUUUGAGCUACACCAUGCUGAAUCUUCUGUUUCUGCACAGGAGAUGCUGCAAUUUUUACUUUUAAAGCUUACAUGCAUUCCUACCAUGUUGAGUAGGUUUGGAUGACCAUUAACUGUCUUAAAACUAGUUAAGGGUUCUUUCUCAAGGGUGAUACUCUUAAGACUCCAUCAAAGCAGAGAAAGUUUUGUGUGGUUUGGGGAUUUGAACAUUUAUCUCCUUAACCUCCCACUCCACCACUCUCACCAGAAUCUGUAUUUAUGAAAGUCAUGAGUUUGCCACCUCAACAGAAACCAAACUCAAAGAGGACAGGCAAGCGCAUCACUUUCUUUAACGAUCAGGGUGUGGCGAUGAAAGAGCCCUCUCAGCAUACAGAGGCCUACUAUGGCAUUGGGGUCCCUUCCUCAGGACCAGGUCAUAAUGACAGUGGAGGUGUGGAAAAUUUGAAUGCGGAAGCACCACAUGCAUACCUAAAUUCUGUCAUUUUCAGCCCGGACAAGGGGGAUCAAAGCCGUGGGCACUACCAACAGAUGAUGCCCAUGAAAUGGUCACAUCAAGACCCAUCUUUGCAGCUCCAGCAGCGACCAAACAAUUGGUCACAGGGUAUGACAGCUUGGCCCCAGAACUUUGGCCCUUAUUUGGGGGCUCAGACUGCUUUUGCAAAGCAGAUGCAUGAGGGCAUGUCAGUACAACAGCAGCAGCAGCAGCAAGUUAAGUCAUCAACUAUUAGGUCAACUGAAAAACAAGGGGCAAACAUCAGUGUAGAGACCUUUAGGGAUACAAUCAAACCAGGCCGGGGCAUGGACUGGGAACAGCAACAAGCCUUUCAGCAAACACAAAAGCCUGGAAUGUUAAAUCCGCAGCAGCACGGACAGUCCACCACUGGGAAUUCAGUGCUGCAACCCUUUCAGGUAGCUUUUGGGCAGCCCAAGCAGAACUUGGUAGCGGGUUACUAUCAGGUAGUUCAGGGCAAUCGGACCUUGCCGAAUUUGAAUUACAGUGCACCGACGAAUUCCCAAGUACAGCAGCAACUACAGGAACAACGGAGACAAAUAAUGUUUCAACAACGGCAGCAACAGAUGGAACAGCAGAUACGACAACAGGCGCAGCAGCAACAGGUACUUCAGCAUCAGAAACAGAUACCACAAUUACAACUGCAGCAACAAACACAGCAAUUAAAACAUACUCCGCAACAGCAACCACCACAACAACAUAUGCAACAGAUUCAACCGCAACAAGACUUGGUGCAGCAGCAACAAAAGUCUGAGCAACCUCAUCAGAACCAGCAUGUAUUGGAAAAUUAUUCUGAUGGCCAGCAGUCACACACUUCUUCAGUUGAUCAGCAUCACCCCUUAUUAUCAGGACAGUCCCAAGAGACAACUGAUCCUCCAUCAACACAGACCCAAGACUCCGUUCCUCAGCCUCCCACUAAUGUUCCCCAGGAAUCAAUCGAGACCCAACAGCCUGGGCCCCGCAGAUCACGUCGGCUUUCAAAAGAGGGUGGAGGCCCUGCUUCAGAUAAUCCAUUUGUAAUGCCGACUGAUCUGCAUAACCAAGGCUCUCAGAACGGUGCUUCUGAGACCAAUGCUGUUCAGGACAUCCGGGCCGCUCCAACAGGUGUAAUCCAGAGCACACGACGUAAGAGGAGGGUGUCGCAAGAGGUCAACCUGGAAACCUUGGCUCAGAAGGCUUCGGAAAGGGAAUCACUUCCCUCACGUAGUGUCAAGCAAGAGCCACACAGGCCUUGGAGCCCCCCUGUUGCUCCGACAGGUCCAGGCCGAGGGGUAGCUGAGGUGGAUCAGGUGAGUGCCAAGCGGCCCAGAGAUGACAGCUUCAUGCCAUUGGUCAUUCCAGUCUCCGUGCCAGUGAGGCAGACUGAUUCCUCAUCCCCGGAUCAUGAGCAAGCCUCCGUUUCAGCUAGUUGGUCCUCACGGCCUUUGGGCAUCCAUGGCAUAAGCUGCUCCCCCGAUUACAAGACUUCUGUGAUUGUCAAACGACGACGUUCACUGAGGAACUCUCUGUCUGAGAGCACGGGCCAGAAUGGUGGAGCAGAGAGCGGAAGUGAAGCUGACGGCAAAUCGGCCAAAGCCAAACGACGGCCUCGCCCAGAACCGCUCUUUAUACCCCCACCCAAACUUGGCACUUUUAUCGCCCCUCCAGUCUACUCCACUAUCACACCUUACCAGAGUCACUUACGUUCACCUGUCCGAUUGAUGGAAAACCCCCUCAACAUGCCGCCUUACACUCCCCCACCCAUCCUCAGUCCAGUUCGAGAGGGUUCGGGUCUUUACUUUUCCACCUUCCUGUCGGCUGCCGCAGCAGCAGCAAAUAAUCAGGGACUGCCCCCACCUGCCACUCCCAAAUCUGCCACCCGCAGCCUCCUACGCUCCAACAGCAGUGAUAUAACCCCUCCAGUUCUCUCUGCUAUGAAUGAAGCUACACCUGUCAGCAUUGAGCCUCGGAUAAACAUUGGAUUGCGGUAUCAGGCGGAGGUCCCAGAGCUGAGGGAGCGCUCGGCAGCGCAGCACGACCUACAAAAGGCUGAACUGUUGUGGGCGUCACUGCCUGACUUGGAGGCCGAUAUUGAGCAACAGCAAAGAGUGGAUGACCUCAUGCACCUGGCGUGCUCGAGUGCGUUGUGCGGAGGAGGGACCAAUCAGGAACUGGCCCUGCACUGCCUGUAUGAAUGCAAGGGUGACAUCAUGGGAGCCCUCACUCUUCUGUUGUUAAAAAACCCCAUCUUUCCCAAAGCGCACCCGCUGGCUGACUACCACUACUCUGGCUCUAACAGCUGGACGCCAGAGGAACGGCGACUCUUUAACAAAGGCAUUGCUGCCUACAAGAAGGACUUUUUCAUGGUCCAGAAACUGGUGAGCUCCAAGACGGUGGCUCAGUGCGUGGAGUUCUACUACACGUACAAGAAGCAGGUGAAGAUCGGCAGGAACGGUACGCUCCUUUACGGAGAAGCAGAGCCACCAGAGACCAAACCCACGACAGAGGAGGAAGUGGACAAUAAAAGUUCACAGAAGUUUGAAUCACGGAAAGAAGACGAGGAGAGCAGGAAGUGGGAAGGGUCAUGUGACAGGAAACAAGAGAACAGCCCGGGCAGGGUGACACAAUCGCUACAGGCCACUAAAAAUGCUGCUGCCGUCUUGGUUUUAAGAAGUCAGGAGGACAGCAAUAGAGAGCCGUCCAGGUUGGGGGUCAGUAGUCAUCCUCCUCCUCCUCCACCACCACCAUCUAAACCCCGCUCUGACACCACCGGCCGGAAAAGCACUGGCAAUACAGGAAAGGGACAAACAAACCAAGAGGGUGAAUUCCCCUGCAAGAAGUGUGGCAGGAUCUUCUUUAAAGUGAAGAGCCGCAGUGCCCACAUGAAGAGUCACGCCGAGGCGGAGAAGAAAGCGGCUGCGCUCCGGCAGAGGGAGGCCGAGCAGCGGGCGGCAGCCGCCAUAUUGGCCGCCCAGCAGAACGGCAUGAUGGGGGAUCAGAGCAGAACGAGGAGAGCCAGCAGCGACGACUCCUCCGAGGAUGAGGAGGACGCAGAUGAUGAAGACUGGCACUAGCUAACAAUCUCUUUCGUAUGGCCAAGAAAAUACCUAUUUAUUUUUAGUUUACCAGCCAACAAGACCCAUCCCAAAAGAACAGUUUCAGGGACUGGCUCACUCCCGCAGAGUGUCUGUGUGUGUGUUACGUGUAUAUGAGACGGACAAAGACGGAGACCGAUGCUGUAGAAGCAUUCUGGAGCUUAAUGUUCAGACAUAGGGCUAUUAGGAGUGUAAGCCAUCUCGGUGUGAAUGUGUGCGUGUGUGUAUAAUAUGCACUUUCGGACUCAUCCAACACACACUGAUCUGACCGCACGCAGCACGUCCAUCCAGUGUCUGUGCACAGAACUCACUCAGUGUUCUCCUGUGAAACGAACCAUUAUGGAUUCAGUGGUGUGGACGUAGAGGGACACAGAAGCAAGUGUGUGUUAGUCUUUUCCUCAUUUUUUGAAAUGAAAACGAUGGUAUCUUUCUCUUCCACGUGACUGCCAAAUGCUUGCACAACUGUGCUCGUUCGCCUGGUCUUGAUCUCCAGUGCUGUAAUUUUGGGCUUUCUGUUUUGGGUAUCGUGAAGGUAAAGUUCAUCUGAAAUGGAAAAUUCUGUCGUUUCUCACCCUCGUGACAUUAUUUUUUUUUUUUUACUUUUUCUUCAGAGCACAAAAUGAGACAUUUAGCAGAAUGUUCAUGCUGUUCUUUCUCUCUCCCAAGGGCUUUCAGUCUUUAAAAAAAGACAAACAUAAACAUAAAAGUACACCAAAGGACUUUCACACUAUAUUCCAACUCUUAUGAAUCGAUUUUUCUGAGAAACAGAAUGAAAUCUCGACUCGUCUUGACAGUGUUAUUUAAAACGAUUCUUUUUUUUUUUUUUUAUUAUUGAUAAAGUUAAAAUAAAGUUAUAUUUUAGUUGGAAAACUGUGUAAACAUAAUUUACUAAAACUAAACCCGAAAUUAAAGAAAAAUAUAUAACUAAAUCUAAAUCUAAAAGUUAAAAAUAAAUAUAUAAAAAAUGUAUCAAGACAAAAAUUCUACAAAAUUACUAGUAAAAAAUUUAAAAACUAAAUGGUAAUUCAAAAUAUUAAUGAAUACAAUACUCAAGUAGUACUAUAAUAUAUUAUACAAUGGUAUAUUAAUUAUACUGAAAUAACACCGCAGAGUACUAACUUUAUGUAUACAUGGGAGUUAUGGUGGUAUUUAGAUUUAAUUUCAUAUUUUUUAAUCACACAUUUAUCAUAUGUCCAUGUAUACGAGUUUUAGAGCUUGGUACUAUAUACUUUAAUUUCAUGAGCAGCCUGAACAUUCUGCUUAACAUCUCCUUUCGGUGUUCGCCGUAUAGAAAGUCAUACAGGUUCGGAAAGACAUGAGAGUAAACGAUGCUAGCAUUUUUAAUUUCGACUGAACUAUUCCUUUAAUUAAACCGGUGACCUCGCUGAUGCCUUCGAUGUUUUGGACACUUUCUGUCUUUCACGUGACAAUCACUUUUUCAAAGGUGUUUUUUAUACUCUGCAGAUUAUAAUGGUUGUGCUUGAUAUAAUCACUUAUUGCUAUUAUCAUUACUGUUACUAUUGUGUUGGAUUAUGUUGUUUUCGGGGGGAAAAGAAGGGGUGGAAUUCUUUUUCUCAUUUGACUUUUCGUUUGAGAUAUUUGCUACCUGCGUGUGUGAUGAAGAUCGCAUAUGUUUGCAGAAAGCUUGAUUAUAAAAUCACACUGUCAGUGCAAUAGUGGGACUUUUGAGUUCCCUCCCACACCUUUUCUUUUAUUCUUAGCAUCUUUGAACAAAAGUAUUAGAUAAUCAACUUAUAUUUUAGUGUAAGAACAAAUGUGAGAUGUGAUGGUUGGUGAGUUUAAGGCCAGUUGCGAGCAGCUUGGGUUUCUGGCCAAACACUUGAGCACUUGGCUUUGUCUCCAUGGCAACAAAGAGUCUUCUUUUUAAGGAUAGGCGCGCGGGGGAUUCACAGCCAACAGUAAAGGCUCCAAUUAUUACUAAUAACAGAAUUCUUCUAUGCAGCGUGUGAGUGUGUGAGCUCGUGUGCACUUGUGAAUGCAUAUAUAUAUAUGUGUGUGUGUGUGUGUGUGCAUGCAUGGUUGCAUAUAGGUGAUGCACCAAUAUUCAGAACUCUCUCAAACUCAAAGCCAAGUGAGAAAAAGAAGCUUCCUCGACUAUUUAAUGUCUUUUUUAUUAAAAAAAAAAAAAAAAUCUAUAUUAUAAAUACUUGUUCAUACAUGUGAAAGCAUUGAUUUGCUCUAAUAUGAAGAUACGGGCAUUUGUCGAAACAUUUUAGCCGAGCUUUAUUGUUGUUGAGAAAUGAAUUUAAUUUGGGGAAUGUCGUAAGGGUGCACCUCCCGUUUCCGUCUUUCAUUCAGCCAAGGGAAAUUCUUCUCUAGAGGAAUCCUAAAUAUGAAAGAGGCUUCUAAAACUGUAUGCACACUUUCUAUGCUAUUUUCAUAGGGGUUUGUACACUAAUGAUGGCUGUGGAAAGAGCUCUGAAGUGCUUUUUACUACAGUAUAACUUAUUGGCGUUCAGUUGUUUUUAUCAUGUGUUUUAGAGCUGGGGUGUCAAACUUGUAUCAGAUGUGUUUAAUUAGGGUUGAAUUCCCUCCAGGAAUUGAGUUUGACACCCCUGCUUUAGAGUCAUAAACAAGGGAAAAAACACAAUAAACAUGACAAUAUGUGUAACAGUA